AUGGACACCGACUCACUAGAUGGUCUGUCUCUCUCCGCAGCAGCCAAACCCCAGCAGGACCAGGACACCGGCCUGGCCUCCAGGGUGAUGGGCACUCCGGCCGAACCCUGGGGGCACAUCCGCGUGACCCUGGACGACCAGACUCUGUGGCAGAAGUUUCACCAAAUCGGCACCGAGAUGAUCAUCACCAAAGCUGGCAGGAGGAUGUUCCCCCAGUGCAAGAUCAGUGUGUCGGGGCUGAUGCCCUUCUCCAGGUACAUGAUCAUGGUCGACUUGGUUCCAGCUGACGGCAUGCGCUACAAGUGGUACAAGGACCAGUGGGGUGUGGCGGGGAAGUCAGAGCCACAGCCUCCUUGUGUGACGUACAUCCACCCCGACUCGCCGGCCCUGGGCAGCCACUGGAUGAAGCAGGCCGUGCAUUUCCGCAAGCUGAAGCUCACCAACAACACACUUGACCAGUCCGGACACAUUAUACUGCACUCCAUGCACCGUUACCAGCCUCGCUUCCACAUCAUUCAGGAGGAGAAUCCGUUCGGGGUUCGGUGGAGUAUCUCGCAAACGUUCACCUUCCCGGAGACAGUCUUCAUGGCAGUCACAGCGUACCAGAACGAGAAGAUUACCAAACUGAAGAUCGACCACAAUCCGUUUGCCAAAGGAUUCAGGGAGGUUGGACUUAACAACAAAAGGUAAACAUGUGCCGUGUUGCGUGUGUCUUGUGUGUUCCGUGAACGUGUGCAUCACUGGAGCCGUGUCGCGGGGUGGCAGCGGGUGGCGAGGAAUCAGCCGUGUCAGGGCGCCGGCGCCAAGCGCACCAGGACGGACCCCGGCAGCCCCGACCCCCAGCAGAGCCACGACCACAACCACGACCAGGCCGGCACCGAUGCCGGCAAACCCUUCGGAGGAGAAGAGAGCAAAGCGGGAAUUCCCAGAGAGAAGGAGAGCCCCGGCCGCUGGUAUUCCCCGGAGGUGAAGCAGGAAUGCCCGGGGUCGGAGGUCACGCCGGUCCCCAGAGACGACGGGAGUUGUGCGUCGGGACAACCUCUCCCCAGCACCCCGCUCCCAUUGCUGCUCUACAGCAACGAUCCCUGGCCCUCGUCAGGGUCAGAGUUCAGAGGUCGGGCCGGCUGUGACCCAGGCUCUCUCCUGGGGUCGUCUCCUAGGAGACCAAGCCUGGAUGGCAAAGCCGGCCCGGUGCUGGAGGCUGCUGGCGGCUCGCUGCCCACCUGUCGACUGUCGCAGGACCUCGCGGGGGUCUUCAACGUGGCGGUGAGCAGUGCGCCCAAGGUGGGGGCGGUGGGCUGCAUCUACAGUCACCCCGCACCCUCCCCCGCCCCCUGGAACGUUCCACGGCAGCAGUUCAAUGAGUUCACCAGCGCUGGCCACCCCCCGCACCUGGGGGCAGAGGUCGGCAGCCAUGCGGUGCAUAGUUACCCUGCUGGGGCGGGCAUGGUGGAGUGGAGCCCUUACCCGCUCUUCCCCUACCCCUGCUGGAACCACCCGCAGGUUGCCAGCUGCCCACCCAGCCUCACCGGGCAGCACCUAACCCAGGCACACCCGGUCUCCACGAUUGUUGUCAGACCCCCCCACACCCUCUCCAACGUCACCUGCACCAUCAUCAGUGUCCACGACGAACAACCUGGGCACUGGACGCUGGGGUCUGCCCUGUACAUCAGCAACAGGACAGCAGGUAGACACCAGGACCUCUGUAUCACUGAACUCGUCAGUGAGUGA